AUGCAGUUCUCUAUCCUCUUCGCCGGCCUCUUCGCCACCGCUGCCAUCGCCACUCCCCAGGGCAAUGUCACCCCUAACACCAUGGGCGCCCUCGAGAAGCGUGCUUCUUUCCCCAUCCCCGCCUCCAAGGGAUCCGUCACCUACAAGAAGGUCCAGUACAUCUCCGGCACCUUUGACGGUGGCAUGAAGACCUACGGCCGUGGCGUCAAGUGCACUGGCCAGGCUGAGGGCGGUGACGCCGAUGCUGUCUUCAUCCUCAAGAACGGUGCCACCCUCAAGAACGCCAUCAUUGGCGCUGACCAGAUCGAGGGUGUUCACUGCGAGGGCUCUUGCACCAUCGAGAACGUCUGGUGGAAGAAGGUCUGCGAGGAUGCUCUCUCCCUCAAGGGUGACGGUAAUGCUGUCGUCCGCGGUGGUGGUGCCACUGGUGCUUCUGACAAGGUCAUCCAGCACAACGGUCUCGGCACGGUCACCAUCGAUGGCUUCACCGUUGUCGACUUUGGCAAGCUCUACCGAUCUUGCGGUAACUGCAAGAAGAUGGGCACCCGCAACGUUAUCAUCAAGAACGUCAAGGCCUACAACGGAAAGGUCCUGACCGGUAUCAACUCCAACAAGGGCGACGUCUCCACCAUCACCGGCACCUGCGCUUCUUCCGUCAAGGAGAUCUGUGUCGAGUUCGAGGGUACCGUCCCUGGCAAGGAGCCCAAGAAGAUUGGAUCCGGCCCCAGCGGUCACUGCAAGUACUCUACCCUCAAGUCUUGCUAA